AUGAAUUCCCCCUCUAAUGACGCGGCGCAUCCGUCCAACAUUGCGGAUCAGCCGGAUUCCCAACGCCAACUGCUGCAGUACGACUCCAUCCUGAGGGUGGCACAGUCGGUUUCUCUCACCCUGGGGAGCGACUCUCUUCUCAUCUCCGACGAGCGCUCCACGGGCAAGACAAAACGCGCGUGUUGCGGUUUGUUAUCGAAGUCGUCUACCGAAGAGACCCAAUCUAUCUCGUUAUACAAUAUCCUUGACGCCGAACUUUCUCCGUCUGGCUUGACCAUCACCUACGCGGCGCACGCAACCAAACAUGACGUCUCCGUUGCGGCUCUCCAAUAUCCGAUGGCCGAGGAGGCUAAAAUAAAAGCCGAGGCUUGGAGGGGCCGUCUGCUACAUCUUGCAUAUGGCAAUGCACAACGGUAUAAGAGACUCAAGGUUCUCGUCAAUCCCUUUGGUGGCAAAGGAGACGCCGUGAAGUUGUACCAGAAAUAUGCGGCCCCGAUCUUUGCCGCCGCCCACUGCAAGGUGGACGUUCAGGAAACAACACAUGGAGGCCACGCCACCGAAAUUGCAGAGCAAAUCGACAUUGGCAACUACGAUGCUAUCGUAUGUUGUUCCGGAGAUGGCGUGCCAUACGAGGUCUUCAAUGGCCUGGCCAAGAAGCCCAAUGCUCAAGAAGCCUUGGCGAAACUGGCUGUUGCCUUGUUGCCGGGUGGUUCUGGAAAUGCCAUGACCUGGAACCUUUGUGGGACAGGCAGUGUGUCUGUAGCGGCCCUGACAAUUGUUAAAGGUCUGCGGACGCCGAUGGACUUAGUCUCGAUCACGCAAGGGACAACACGUACUCUGUCGUUCCUAUCGCAGGCUUUCGGGGUCAUCGCGGAGGCGGACCUGGGUACUGAUAAUAUUCGAUGGAUGGGCGCACAUCGAUUUACGUACGGUUUUCUCGUUCGCAUCAUUCAGCAGACAGUCUAUCCGUGCGAUCUCGCCGUAAAGGUGGAGAUCAAUGACAAAAAAGUGAUCAAGAACCACUACAAUGCGUACGCGAACAGCGUGCCUCCACUCCGCUCCCCCCAAGAUGCUGCCGGACAGCCGCGGGGCCUUCCAGAGCUAAAGUAUGGCACCGUGCAGGAUGAUCUCCCCAAGGAUUGGGAAGUCAUUCCGGCUGAAACAUUGGGGAAUUUUUACGCAGGAAAUAUGGCCAUUGUUUCUAAGGAUACUAGUUUCUUCCCAGCUUCGCUUCCGAAUGAUGGAAUGAUAGACAUUGUCACCAUUGAUGGAACUCUCGGUAUGUCCAAGUCACUCAAGAUGAUGACAUCGAUCCCCGAAGGGAGCUUCUUCGAUAUGCCAGACGUCAAUGUCCGUAAAGUGACCGCUUAUCGCCUUACUCCCCGAGAAAAAGAAGGGUAUAUCAGUGUUGAUGGCGAGAGGAUCCCAUUUGAGCCUUUCCAGGUUGAAGUUCACCAGGGCCUAGGUACAGUCCUGUCAAAGUCCGGGCAUCUCUACGAAGCAGAGGGACCUAAGCCAUGA